AUGUUUCGUGGGGAGUACAUAUUUGGGGCUGACCGAGGCUUGUGCCAAAUUGAAGUCUCCAGACUGAACCAUUCAGCAGAGGAUCAGGAUGAGGAUGUACGUUUUUAUAAUGCCGCCAGACCAACAUGUUCAUGUACAAAUGACAGGUACAUUAGACAGUUUAGGGAGAUAUUUACAGAGGAGGGCAGGCGGCAAGUAAAGAUCACCCACCAGAGGGCCAACCAUCCAGCAACAAUAUCGUUCACUCAAGUCAACAACAACAACGCAGCAACCGGUAACAACAACAACAACAACAACAAUUAUUAUACAAAUAGUAGUUCAGACAUUCGAAAUAAUAACAAUGUUGCCAACAACAAGAUGUCAAAUGUUGUACUUCUUGAUCAACAACAAUUGCAGCAGCAGCAACAAAAACAACAAAUUCAGAUUAACGUUUCCCCCGCCAACCAGUCCGACUUCAACAGCAGCAACCUACUUGCCAACAACGCCAUGAAUAUGAGCAACAGCAUAAGUGGUAGUUUGUUGUUGAAUGCCUCCUGCAAUAACAUCAUGAGUAACAUGAACAACAACAUGAACAGCAACAACAACAACAACAAUGCUCCUAACUUUGCCAAUCCUCCAAACAUUGGCAACAUUGCUCAGUUAACAUUGGCACUUCAGCAGCAGCAACAUUUGCAAGUCCAACAACAGCAUUUGCAACAACAACAGCAACAACAACAACAAUCUCAAAUCCAGCAUCAACAAUUGCAACAAAAGGUGCCAUCACAACAGCAGCAACAACAACAGCAACAACAACAGCAGCAGCAACAACAACAACACUUAAAUUUGCAAAAGAAUUUACUGCCUGCAACCCCAGUCCUCAACAACAACAGCAACAACAACAACAUCAACAACAACAACAGCAUCAACAACAACAACAACAGCAUCAACAUCUUCAACAGCAACAACAACUACACCAACAACAACAACUACACCAACAACAACAACUACACCAGCAACAACACCAUCAGCAGCAGCAACAACAGUUACAUCAACUGCAACAACAUCAUUCCCAGCAGCAGCAACAUAAUCUUCAGCAGCAACAACAAGUAA